AUGUCAGAUAUACCGGUACCUUCAGAAGUACCUGAUGAAGAGGAGGAGGCUCUUCAGAAGUUUCUCGGAACGACAUCGUUUGGCAAACAAUCAAAAGCCACCGACCACGACAACAGAUUCGACCAAAGCAAGAGAUCACAGCCAAUCAUCUCGCGACCUGAAGCGAAGGCCAACGACCCAGAAGGCGAGGAAUCCGACUCGGAUGAUGACGACUCGGACGAUGCAGAUGAUGAAGAUGAAUACCCCGUGUCGCAUGAAAUGGUCUUCAAGACACACGACCGCGCCGUCACAUGCAUCACGCUGGACGCCUCAGGAGGACGGAUGGUGACAGGCUCGAACGACUGCACCCUCAAGUUCCACGACUUUGCCGCCCUCACUCCCUCGACAAUCCGCGCCUUCAAAUCCGUCGACCCGUCAUCUGUCAAAGGCUCCGCCUCGUCCGAAACUCACCCCAUCAACCACGUCUCGUUCAAUCCCAUCUCGCCGAGCACAAUCCUCGCCAUCACCGCUCUCCCACAACCGCGCAUCCUCGAUCGCAAUGGCGAAACUAUCGCAGAGUUCGCCAAGGGUGACAUGUACCUACGCGACAUGCACCACACAAAGGGUCACAUCUCAGAGGUCACUUGCGGCGUCUGGCAUCCACAACAUCGCAACAUUUGCGCGACUGGAGGAACAGACAGUACCGUCCGCAUCUGGGAUGUGAAUAACCCCAGACAACAGAAAAACGUCAUUGUCCACAAGUCGAGAGCCGCUGGUUCUGCUGGAAGGACGCGAAUCACUGCUUUGUCCUGGGUCGCUCCAGCUCAGAACAAUCUCCUUGUCGCCGCCGCUCUUGAUGGAAGCUUGGUCAUGUGGGAUGGCAAUGGUCCAUACACCAGGCCUGCUGCAGAGAUCCGCGACGCUCACACAAAAGAUACUUGGACUAGUGGCCUGCAGGUCAGCUCUACUGGCCAGCUUGUCAUGACUCGUGGAGGUGAUGACACUAUCAAACUAUGGGAUACCAGGAAGUUCAAGCAACCCCUAAGAACUGUCUCCUUCCCAUCAAUCUCUGGCCAAUACCCUACCUCCAACAUUUGCUGGUCGCCAAGAGGCACUGAAGUGCUCACUGGCUCUGCAAACGGCGACCUCCACAUCCUCAACCCUGCUACCCUCACAUCGGAACUCGUAACUCCAGUGACACCAGGCUCUGCUUUGAUCAGCGUCUACUGGCACAAAGAGCUGAACCAAAUUAUAACCGGUUCAGCCAAUGGAGAGACCCAUGUCCUCUACAAUCCCAAUAUCUCAGAAGGAGGCGCAAAGACUGUCAUGCUCAAGGCUCCCAAGCGUCGUCAUAUUGAUGACGACCCGAACUUGACCAUGGAUCUGUCUCAUGGAAUCGGCGGUGAUGCUGUCAUCUUGCCAGGAGGCUCUGCUCCGACGGCCGCUUCCUUCGCAUCAAGACAUCCCACAAUUGGUCUAACGGCUUCUGGAAAAUCUAGAGAUCCAAGAAGACCACACAUUCCCAACACUACACCUUUCGCAAAGAGCAACGCAGAUGCAGCUUACAUCAAGGAACACAUUCCUCUCAGUGGUAUGCGCGAGGAAGACCCAAGAGAGGCUCUUCUCAAGUAUGCCGACAAAGCCAAGAACGAUCCUCUGUUCACCAAUGCCUGGGCCGAGACACAGCCAAAGACGAUAUACGCCGACCUUAGUGACGAUGAAGAAGAUGGUCCAGAUAAGAAGAAGGCCAGGCGAUGA